AUGGCUCUAUGGAGUGAGAAUGGGCAGUUACCAUACAAGAUGUUCCCAUCAAUAUUUUGGGAAAUAGCGUUGGACGGGUUCCACAAAUUGCCGAAAGGGUGUGUAAAGAGUUGGGAAGGCCUAGCCAAAAUAUUUGUGGCCAGGUUCGUUACAAACAGAUUACAACCUUUGAGGGUGGAUUCCCUAUUGGCUUUAAAGAUAAACGAUGGCGAAAGCCUUAGGGCUUACGCCAAGAGGUACUACGAGGUUUACAACCGAAUCCCAGCUUGUAACUUGGAACUUGCGGUCGUUUCUUUUAAGAAUGGCUCAGAAGACGAUUAUCUACUUCAACAAUCCCUUGCAAAUGCCCUUCCAAGAACAUGGAGGAUCUUAUGGAAAGGAUUGAGAAGUACGCAAGAGUGGAGGAGGUCAGGAAAGCCAGAAAGACCGACACAAUAA